AUGCAUAGAUACGAAAAAGCUAAGGAAGUAGUGGAUUGGCUCACUCCUGUGGAUCAUAGUGCCAUUCAACGGGAUAAGCUGGAACAACGUGUUGGCGACACUGGUCGGUGGUUCCUUGAGUCGUCGAUGUUUCAGAGUUGGGUGGAUGGUUCCGGGAAGUCCCUAACUUUGUGGUGUCCUGGCGGUCCUGGCACCGGAAAGACAAUCCUGGCUUCUAUUGCUGUCAAUCAUUUGCGCCGACGAUUCCCCAAAGAAAACACUCCCGUUCUUUGCGCUUUUGGUGACUGGCAAAACGCGGGUGCUAGGACUGCGCUCAGCAUAAUACGCAGCCUGUUGAAGCAGCUUUUAAAUGCCGAAAAUGGGCUGUCUUCCUCACUGGAGAAUCGAAUUCAAUAUCAAACGCUCGAGGAAUUCACAGAGCUUCUUAGGACCCAUUUGAAACGAUACCAUCACGCGUAUAUUGUCUUCGAUGCGUUGGAUGAAUUUCCGGGUGAUAGGAAGGAGUUGGUUUCUGUCUUGAAGUCGUUAGGGGACAAUGUUCAUCUCAUGGUCACCUCAAGAAGCAAUGCACGCAUGGAACGGUUGUUUCAGGAUGAUGAAGAACUGCGUAUUCGAGCCGACGACGACGAUAUUCGGAAAUUAAUCACGAAUAAGCUCAAUCAUGAGGAGUCUCUUUGUGUCUUCCUUACAGAUCGCGAUGAUCUGCGCCAGAGCAUACUGACUAGAGUCAUGGAGGGGGCCAACGGCAUGUUUUUCCUGGCGGAUAUGCACAUGACUCUACUAGCUCAGACCAAAGAUCGGGGUGAACUUAUUGAGGCGCUUAACAAGCUGCCAGACACUAUUGAAGGCACAUACGAGCAUUUCCUGGAAAGGGCCGAUUGUAAGCCCGAGCGAAAGAGGGACUUCGCCUAUCGAAUAUUCAGCUGGAUAGCUUUUGCCGAACGACCUCUGACGAUCUUGGAAUUACAAUACGCACUAGCCAUGCGAUCAGGAACCACGGAGCUCAACCUCGAUAAAAUCAUUGAUUUUGACCUCAUAUCAAGCGCUUGCAUUGGGCUUGUCAUCGUUGAUGGCCGAGGGUUGGUAAGAUUCGCGCACUCCACCACUCGAGAAUACUUUAUUUCUCAAAAAGACAGACUCUUUCCCGGUGUCCAAGAACACAUAACGCGUACCUGCCUAACCUACAUGUCAUUCGACAUAUUUCGCUCUCCCAAUGUCCUUCCCGUAUCAAAACCCGAAAUCUCCGCAAAGUACCCAUUCCUCAAUUAUGCGUUGAGUAACUGGCCAAUUCACGCCAGGAAGUGUGCACGGGACUCUGUGGAAGAGGAUAUCCUUGCUUUUUUGCCAACCCAAGCAGGAAUCGCUCUGUCUUUUGGCCGAACGCCAGACUCGGAACCGGAAGUACCACGCACUCCUGCUUGGUUUGCUGCCAAAUACGGUUUACUGAAUGUUCUGGAGGCUCUUGUGGAGCGAAGGGUUGAUUUGCAGCAUGAAAACGUGUUGUGUAUCGCGGCCCAUGCAGGGCAGCUCGACACAGUGAAAUUGUUGUUGUCACGCGAUGAUGUGAACGUGAAUCAAGCCGACAAGAUCACGUACCUGUAUGAUUACUCUAUUGAUCACAACAUCGGCGCCAAUCGACUCGGACUCGAGGACAGAAGAGCGUCGCCAUCUCGUCCUACUUUCUGCACGCCUCUCAUCGCCGCUGCCUCGAAUGGUUACGAAGAAAUUGUCAGGGUAUUACUAGAAUCCAAGGACAUGAGUUCGUUGAACCUCUUGCCUCCCGGUGGACCCACCGCACUAUCAGCAGCCGUAUUUGGUAACCAUGUUGGGGUGGUCAAGCUCUUGUUGUCCCAGCCUGACAUCGACACCUCGAUCCGGUUUCUGGACGAAACCCCGCUUAUGCUUGCCGGAAGGUUGUGGAGACCUAACAUUGUGAGGAUGCUUUCUUAA